AUGUGUGAAGGAUCUAGUAGCUCGGAGAUGAAGGUAGUGUUCCCCAUGAAGCUAAUUAGCUGGUCUUUGGAAGAUCAAAAUGGUGAAGCUUUGACAACACCUAUUUUAUUACAAGACCGAAAUGGGCCUUGCCCUUUGAUAGCGUUAGUCAAUACACUUGUAUUGCAGUUUGACUUCAGAAAUGCACAUUUUGACGGAGGUAUUCUAAGUCAAUCAGAGAAACAAUACGAACAAAUUAAGAACUUAAAGUCGAAAUUGUUUACUCAUUAUCACAACUCGUCUUCGAUUGAUUUGGCUGAUAUUUUGGGUCUUGUCGCUGAUUUGUUUUUGGUGUACGCUGAGGAUGUUCCUAAUCUUCUGCACGAAAUGGUUGAUAACAUAUUGCAACAACUACCAAAAUUACACACGGGUCUCGACGUCGACCCGAACUUAACCAAUGGAGACUUCUCCCAGGAUUUGGCAACAACCUUAUUUACGAUUUUCGAUUUGCGAUUCAAACAUGGUUGGGUUAUCGAAGAUUGUGGGCGAAAAGGUUACACUGAUGAUGAAGAUGAUUCAACUAAUGAGCCGCUUUUGAUUUUGCACGACCUACAAACAUUUGACAAAGUGCAAGACUAUCUUCUUUUGCUGGAUACUAAUUCAUCAGUGGCAGAGAAUCAACGCUUAAUAAGAAUGUGGUUGGACGAGACAUGUUCUCAAUUGACAAUGAAAGGGCUCAAGCUAUUAGACCUGGACUUGUCAUCGCCACAAUUUGCAAUCUUUUUCCGAAACAAUCAUUUCAACACAUUGUUUAAGAAAUCGAGAAACGAGUUUUAUUUGCUUAUAACCGAUUCCUCAUUUCAAUCCAAAAGUGGGAAACUUGUUUGGCAAAGCUUGAAUUCUGUUUCUGGAGAAGGCGAUUUAUUCUUUACUGGUGAUUUCAUGCCGGUAUUAGACAUUGAUCAAGAUAUUGGUCAACAAGGAGAGACGUUUGAUUCUGAUAUGAUGCUACUGAGACAGUUGCAGGAAGAGGAAGAUGAAGCUUUGGCUCGCAAAAUGCAAGAAAAGUACGAGAAGCGCAAGACGCGACAAUCGCCCAAAGAAACAGUUGUCAAGAAGAAUGAGGAAACAGCUUCAAAGCCAGUGAAAGAAAAGAAAAAGAAAAAGUUUUUUGGUUUCCUUAGUCGUUAA